AAUCCAAAAUUUGCCCUUUCGCGCCAUCCUCUCGGUCUCAGGUGUUUUUGUCCCUCCUCCCUUCUCCUUCUCUAUGCCUUAACCCCUAAAUCGAAACUGAAAACUUAGGGUUUUCUUUAUUGUUAAAUCUUUGAUUAUUCCAAUUUUCUAGUCUUGGUACCGGAUUGAAUUCACUCCUAGGACCACUUUCCAUAAAAAUUGAAUAACAAUUUUUUUGAACUAACUGCGUAUCAAGUAGGUUUGGUUUUUCCCUUUUACUUUAUACCAAAAUUCAAAAAAAGUUGCAGAAAAUAUUUUAGAAGGUCACAAGUUGUUACCUGAUAGGGCUCAGUAGAGACAAAAUGGGGACAGAAGAUAGAAAUUCAAUUGCUAAGUCCAAACCUCCAAAACAGAAGGAUUCCAGGGAAGUCAGGAGACUAGCAAAGUCUCAUAAAGAUAAGGAAACUUCAGCCGCACCUGUACCUUUUCCGGCGCCGCAUUGGUUAAACUCUGUGCAGGUCAAAGACAGUAAUAGAAUCCAGUACACUCAAGAUGGUUUUUCUUUGCCAAAUUCUCAACUGCAUUACUUGGAUUCCAUGCUGCCGAUUUCCGAGAAAGUAAAAGAUAUUCCAAGAGAAAAAAACCUGGAUUCAGGCAGAAGUAAAGAAGAAGGUACAAGUUACAGAAAUCAUACCCAUGAUUCUCCGAGAAGUGCUGCUAGUGGUGAUGAGGCCUCACCUGAUGGAAUGGGUGACGCUAAUCAGGAUCUUUCUGCAACGAAGAAGCAAAGAUUGAAUCAGACAAAAGCAGAUGACUAUACAAUGGUGGAAGGUUCUGCGUCAUACGUGCUUGAGUCUGCUCUGAACUUGGCAAUAAGUUAUAGUUCUGUCGGGUCGGUAUCAACAACAGCAAAGAUUAGUGAUGAUUAUGACCUGAGAAAGCAAAGGAGGAGGCAACUGAAUCGGGAGUCAGCCAAAAGGUCAAGAUUACGCAAGCAGCAAGAACGUGAAAGACUACAAGCAAGAAUAGAGGUGCUGAAAGUUGAGAGCUCUGCGCUCUGCGAGGAACUGAAUAGAGUUUCAGAGGAAUGUGGGAGACUUGAUGAGGAAAACAAACUAAUUAUGGAAGAGAUAAUCCCGAUGUGCGGGCCAGAUGAUGACCUUGCAGCUUUGUGGGCUGAACUUCAUGCUUGAAAACCCGAGCGUACCUGGAAGUGCUUCAAGUUCAAUCUCUAUUUUGAAGCAAUAAAGCAAUAUCUAAAUAUACCUGAAUGCUGUUUAUAUUGGAGUAUUUAUACAGUACAUGGCUCUCAGCCAAUGAAAGAAACGUUUUCUCCUGUAUUUGCUAUUCAGUUUAACUUCGCCCUGAAUCUCGUAGUUUCACAGUAAAAUUGCCCUUCUACUUUGAUUCUUUGAAACAACAUGUAAUUCGAUAUGUGCAAACGAUUAUUUAAUAAUUAUUUCGGUUAAUUCGAUUUUAAAUAUUUAAUAAUUAAAUUAAUUAA